AUGGCCUGCUUAUGUAGCAGUAUCAAUCAGCUGAUUGAUAACUUCGAUCCGAACCAAGCCGCGGCUCUUGGCACCGGCUUGAACAAACACCUCGAGGCCAUCCGGUCCGUUCUCGCCAGGAAUAAAGUCCUCUCCAAAGAGGUGCGCUACCAGAUCAUUCCUAGCAACCAGCGCACUGCAAAGAUCUUGUCUCUGCAGGCGCAUGAUUUUGGAAGGGUAAGGAAGUUGCACGAUGCGUUUAAGGAUGAUACCAGGAGUUUCUGGACGGUGCCAGGCGAUGCGCUGCAUCAGGAGCUGCGACGGCGCGUUGCUUGCGCUACGAUAUUCUUGAGAUCAAAGUUGGACGAUAAUGCGUGGAUGUCGCAGGAUGUAUCAAAUGUUAUCCAAGCGCGUACCUUGUCGGAGCUGCGAUAUGCGGGCAACAAGUACAUCAAGAUCGCGAGGAGGCUUGGAGGAAUUGGCUCUAUUCUUUGGCUUCCUACAGAGGUUCCUGCAUCGACAUAUGAGAGGUACUUGAACAUGGAUGACAACGAAGCCUUCGAUCAUAUUCAGAGUAUUGGUGUCGAUGCUCCCAAUUUGGAUACCUUUGUGCAACGUUUACUCUUGGAGCAACUUGACGACCCUUCACUUGUGCUCUCCCACCGGAACUUACUGCUAGAAUACGGCGAUUGCUUACUACCCUGCGAGCAAGGCCUUGUUCUUCUCCACGCCCUAGGCGGCAACGAAAUCCCCACCGAUCUCCUCAAAGCUGUUAAAAUACCUAUGAGACGUUGGUCAAGCGAUGGUGAAGUAAGGGGGACUCCUGCAACCGACUUUGGAUUCAGCUCUGAUCUCAUCGCCCUCUUGUCGAGUGACGAUCAACUCUCCCUAGUUGCACAGCGCUCUGAGGUUAUCCAGCACUCGUUGGAAGAUGGGACACCCGUCUGGUCUAUUCAUCCGGACGCGCAGAAAGGCUUGUUUGAUAGAUUGUCCCCGCAGACAGUGGAGGAUUGGGCGAAUAUCGCUCUGAGACUAGUGUGCUUUGCCUGUCCGCCUUGUUACGAAGGAAAAGUCAACUGGCCAUUGCCCAUCAAGAAAGCCAUCUGGAAUCUUCUUGAAAAAGCAACAAGCAGUCGAAGAAUCCCAUCAUCUCUGCGACCAUGCGCCAUCGAAGCCCUUCUCUUCUUUUGCGAGCGCGAUCUCUUCUCCAUGCGCCAAGCCGCAGUCGAACGAGCAAAAGCCCUUCUCCGGAAGAACAUGUCGUAUUACUUCCAAGCCUCAGUCACGCUGUUCGACAGCAUAAUAUCUCGCAUUGACGGGAAGUUUGAAAAGUCCGAAGCUAUGAUAGUCGAGUUUCUAGCUGCGGACAAUGAAGGCGAUACGCGUUCUGAUAAUGCUUUGCGAGGAAGGCUGCAUAUUUCUAACAUUGAGAAUAAAAUCCACAGAUAUGAAAAGGAUGUUGCGUCGACUAUAUACAACUGGAAAGGUAUACACCCGCUGUCGACUUUUGAAAUUGAAGUCACCCGCAGACUUCAAGGUGUGGCUGCCAAAUAUUUCCACUCCAUCGGCGACUUCAAAACGACCAGGGCCUCGCUGGAACAACAUCUCUGGCUUAACUCUACGAUUCCAAUACGGCAGAAUACACGGUUACUUAUCGUCACACGACUAGCGGAGAUUCACUGCGAAUUGCACGAAUAUGAGAAAGCUCUCCAAAUCAUUCAAGUCGAGCUUGACGGCAUGACAGCUAGAAUGGGCCGUCCGUUCCGGAGGAUGAUAAUGGCUAUGGCAGAGGGCUAUAUAGGACUCGGUCGCCUUGACGAAGCAACUUCCAUUCUGCAGGAGCUUAUGAGCGUUGAGCCGCCCGAGCUAGACGAUCUGAACGACCAGGUUCUCCGGAUGAGACGACUAAUCCUCUCCGCGCGCAUUCAGCACGAACGACUGAAUUUCACCGAAGCUCUACAGUCUUGGCAAAUCGCGGGACAAACAAUGGAGACCUUGUCCAUAUUUAAAGCCAGACACGGCUGGACGGCGGCGAUAAUCCAGUUAUCCAUGGCUCAUGCGCAGAUAGCCCUGGGCCAUAGCGAGAAUGCACGACGGUCGUGGGAUGCUGCUGUGGAAGUCUCUAUGAAGGAGAGGUUUGAGUAUGUGUUUCCGGUGCUUGCGACGACGUGGUUGCAGAAGAUUGUAGGGGAGAUAUAUCAGGCUAAGUGUUGGCCUUUGAGGGUUAUGCUGCCUGGUGGGAAGUCGGAUCUAACGUGGCUGUGA